UUCUCAAUCUCAUUCUUCUAGCGGUGCUCAGGCCGGGACAUUUGCAGACCGCAAAGCAUGCGCUUUCUCCGGACUCUGCUGUUUCCGCUUGUGGCGCUGACCAGCCUUGCGCUGGCUCGGUCUAGCACUGGAGAUACUGUUCUCGUUCUUCUUGAGCCAUCGCUUAAGAAGGAGAACUUCUCCAUCUUCUUCGGUGAUCUCGAAAAGAAGGGUUACAAGCUCACGUUCCGGUCCCCCAAGGACACCACUCCGGAGAUCAUUAAGGAUGACGUCUCUCAGUUUGCGCACGUCGUCGUCUUUGCUCCCGAGACCAAGACAUUCGCCGGGGACAUCACGCCUCAGACCCUUGUCUCACUCCUAUCCAAAAAGACGAAUCUCCUCCUCGCGCUCUCGCCCAAGCAGACGCCUCUCUCCUCGCUCGCCGCCGAGUUCACGCUCAUCCUCCCGCCCCCGGGCACCCCGCUCAUCUCUCACUUCCCCAAGCGUGACACGCCCGCGACGCUCAUCCCCGUCGAACCGCCCCGCGCACACCACAUCAUCUCUGACGGGCUCGCGCCCGUCUGGUUCUCCGGGGUACCACAGGCGCUUGGCAACAGCCCGAUGCUCGUACCGCUUCUACAAGCGCCUCCGCAGGCGUUCGCGUCAGACGCGGAUAGUGAUAACGGGGCAGACGCACUCGUCGAAGCUGCGGAAAAGAGUGGGGAGGGCUUGUGGGCGGGCAGCUCGUUGAGUCUUGUCACGGGCUUCCAGGCGCUGAGCAAUGCACGGGCGACGUGGGUGGGAGGUGUCGAGAUUUUCAGCGACGAAUACAUCGACAAGGAAAUCUCCAAGGGUGUCAAGUCCGGCAACAGGCAGUUCGCGAAGGACGUCGCGGCGUGGACGUUCCAAGAGGCCAAUGUUCUUCGCAUCGAUACUGUCGAGCACCACCGAGUCAAUGAGACGCUUCCGCGCGAAACAUACACGAUCAAUAACCAAGUUACGUACACUGCGUACAUCUCCAAAUAUGACCCGGAGUUGGACCUCUGGGAGCCGUACUCGGGCAUCAAUGACUUGCAGCUCGAAUUCACGAUGCUCGACCCCCACAUCCGCACCUCGCUGCCUCCCGUCGCGGGCGAGCCUGGAAAGUACUCGGUCACAUUCCGUGUCCCGGACAGGCACGGCGUGUUCAAGUUCAACGUCGACUACAAGCGCAAGGGCUGGUCAUACCUCUCGAGCACGACCGUCGUGCCGGUCGUGCCCCCGCGGCACGACGAGUAUCCGCGCUUCCUGAGUGCUGCAUGGCCGUACUACGCGGGCGCGUUCAGUACAAGCGCUGCCUUCCUCCUCUUCGUCGCGCUCUGGCUCGCGGGCGACGAGCGCGAGCCGAAGAAGGGCAAGGGCUUGAAAGCGGAGUGAUGUACAGCCGUUUGUUUUGCUAUAUAUUUGCUUGCACGCGACACAAGCUAGCAUCAGAGUGCCCUUCGGUAGGACGGACGAAAGAAGUGUUUCGCCUAGCGCUCAUUCAUCUUUCGUCAUCCCCUGCUUAUCCUGACUUGAUGUUCAUAACGCUCGACCAAAUGCUCCAGAUGCACGCCUAUCACCAUCUGUUUUAGAAUGUGUCCUACUGACGUGUUACC